AUGCAUGGAAUCAUGUUUGGCGUGGGCUAUUCCCUCGCCGGUUGGAUAGGCGUCGGAACAUACUUCUACACGCCCACCGAUAUGGCCUCCACCUUUCCAUGGAGGUUCCCGCUUGCAUUCCAUGCAGUACCUGCUCUCGUUUUGCUCGCCGGUAUCCCUUUUCUACCCGCAUCACCGAGGUGGCUGCUGGAGAAGAACCGACCGGAUGAGGCUCGCGUCAUCUUGGAGCGAUUGUAUCGCACAAAGCAUAGCGAUAGCAUGGCGAGGCUGAAUUCUCACUUUGAUCAGAUGCUGAAUCAACUACAGCUAGACCGUGCAAUUCGCUCAGAGCGCUCCCACCUCGAAAUCUUUCGCACGUCUUCCAACCGCAGACGUGCCCUAGUGGGUGCAAUAGUAAUGUUUGGCAACCAGCUUACCGGUGUCUAUGUCAACUCCAGCUAUGGAGUUCUCAUCUACAACUCACUGGGAUUCUCGGGGUCAUGGCCGCUGAUCCUGGCGGCUAUUUGGGUUUCUUGUUCUAUCCCAGGUAAUAUCUGGGCAGCGUUGACAGUGGACCGCUACGGCCGAGUGCGACUCAUGCUCAUUGGCCUGGUUGGAACGGCCUGCACGCUACUCUGCGAGUGUACGUUGCAGGCACUUUACUUGAACUCCGACAACUCCUCAGGGAAGAAAGCUGCCGUUUUCUUCGUUUUUCUUAGCAUUUUUUUCUGGUCAUUCUUCAUUGACGCAGUGCAAUAUGUCUAUUUAUCGGAGAUUUUCCCCACUCGCAUCCGCUCACAAGGAAUGGCCCUCGGCAUGGUCGCUUAUUAUACAGCGCUCAUUAUCAUUCUUAUCGCUGGUCCUAUUGCGCUCGAGGCAAUUACCUGGCGCUUUUUCACUGUUCUACUGGCCAUAACGUGUGUUCAAACGGUCUUAGUUUUCUUUUUGUGUCCGGAGACAAAACAGACGAGCCUAGACGUCAUGAAUGGGGCAUUUGGAGAGCCGGCGACCAUGCCAGAUCAAUUCGGCUCGAAAUCCCAAGACUGCCAAUCAGCGGACAUCGAAAGCCAUCAUCUUGAGCAUGUAGUGCGCACUAAUUCUGAGAGCGCAGCGAGGUGA